AAAAAGAUGAAGAAUGUCUUCAUAUUACUCCUCUGCUGUCAUGUUGCAUCUUCAGUAAAACAUUCCUUGAAGUUCUUCUCCACUGAAAGCCCUGGAGCCCAGAGCAUCCCAGAGUUUGUGGUUGUUGCAUUUGUUGAUGAAGUUCAGAUAGGUGACUGUAAUAACAUAAGAGGGGUGGAGGUUACAAAAGACUGGGUUAAAUUCUUUGAGGAUCAUCCUCAGCAGGUGGAACGGUAUAAUUCAGAAUGUCUGGGUACUCAACACUUCUUCAAGGCUAACAUUGACAGCUUGAGACAACGUUUCAACCAAAGUGAAGGUGUUUAUAUAAUGCAGAGGAUGAGUGGCUGUGAAUGGGAUGAUGAGACUGGAGAAAUUAAUGGGUUUAAUCAGUAUGGUUAUGAUGGAGAAGACUUUCUAGCUUUUGACCUGCAGACAGUGACAUGGAUUGCUCCAAAACCACAGGCUGUCAUCACCAAAAUGAGAUGGAAUACUGAAAAAACUCGAUUAGAAAUCAAUCAAAACCUUUUAAGUCACGAAUGCCCCGAGUUCUUAAAGAAAUAUGUGCACUAUGGAAGUAGCUUUUUGCAGUCAGCAGUUCCUCCUUCAGUGUCUCUCCUUCAGAAGACUCCCUCCUCUCCAGUCAGCUGCCACGCUACAGGUUUCUAUCCCCACGAAGCCACGAUGUUCUGGAGGAAAGAUGGAGAGGAUAUUUAUGAAGGCUUGGACAUAGGAGAGAUCCUCCCUAACAAUGAUGGGUCCUUCCAGAUGAGUGUUGAGCUGAAACCUUCAGUCACUCCUGAAGAAUGGGAGAGGUACGACUGCGUGUUUCAGCUCUAUGGUGUGAACAAAGACAUUGUCAUCAAACUGGACCAAGCUGUGAUCAGGACCAACUGGGGUGAGACUUUAUCCUGCGGGGUUUUGUAA